AUGCGGUUGACAUUGAAACUAAAGGUCAUUCACCCUAAGUCAAAGGUCAAUGACUCUGAAGUCAAAUGUCAAAGGUCAAAGGUAUUAACACCAUUGACCUUGAGGUUAAAGGCUCCCAUAAUUCAGAUAAAAUAGGUAAGAAUGUUCAUAUCGUUUUCUUUUGCAGAACUGUCGGUCGAACGAUAAAUCAGCAAUAUCCAUAUGUUUUUCUACCGAGUGCGCUAGUUAUAAUGGGAACCACCCGAUUAGGUAUUGCGAACAAUGCCAUAACAACAGGCAUAAUAAUAGGAGGGGUGGGGAUCACAUAGUUCAUAAAUGCAUACCCCCCACUUGGUCCAUGGAACCAGAAAUGCAAACUUACAUGGUCGGUGCAAUUGUUAGCCUAUUGAAAGAAGCCAAAAUAUCACAGGGCGACCCUCGAGAUGAAAAAAAGGAUUCGGAUACGAAAGACAUAAAGGACAGCAAGGAAUCGAAAGACAGAAGAAGCCCAGUGCCAACUUUAGACAAUAUUUCGAUAGAAGAAAGGCAGCUGCUAGGACGAUAUGGAGUUUGGUUAUUAGUUGGUAGAUGUAGCCCUACGGAAAAUGCACCGACACAUGUAUUGGGAAGACUUUUAGCGAUGAUUUUCCAUUGGUUUUAUAUAACAGCAUAUUCGUAUAACGGCCAAGAUGAAGGGAGUCUGGAGAAGCUGAAAACUGAAAUUGUAUGCAACUGGUUACAUGAAAUAAUCAACACACAUUACAAAUUAUUUAUAUCAUGUUUGUUACCUCACCCUGCAGAGUACGCCAGAGUUGGUGGACAGUGGGACACGCUUUCGUCGCGCAUAACACACCUAAAGGAUGGCUUACACCGAUUAUUUUGUCUGAUUCCUUAUGAGGUCAUAUCCCAAGAGAUUUGGGACGCGAUUAUGCCGCAUUGGAUGGAAGCAAUUGUGAACGAUGUGCCAGAACGAGAACUGGGCGAAUUAAGGGUAAUUUUAAACAAAAUCCUGGAUACCGAGAUGAGCCCUUUAGGAUUCAAUGCAAAGAAAAUGUAUCAUUUUGUCGCGAUCAGGUUCCAAAACACAAGCGCGAAAAUACAGCAGCAAGCGCUGCACUGGUUGCAGACAUUGACACUUUUGGAAAUCGUUAUCCCCCUACAUUUAUUGUUUUCCAUAUUUGGGGAAGGGGUGUCGUGUAUGAAAGAUGGAGGGGUAGUGCUAAUGAGGAAUCAGGAGAAACGAAAACUGCAUUCACAGACCUAGAGGUAUUCAACGCAACUGGGCAAGAGCAAAAGAGAGGAUCGAUAUACGAAGAAAAGACUGUAGCCCAAGUAACGUACGAAACCGACGCAGAACAUAACUUAUUCUGCUGCAUACUGAUGCUGGAUAUUCUGUUGAAACAAAUGGAGCUGCAGCAGAUAGACAAACAUACAGGAAUAGGUUCGUCUCUGUGCAAAGACGUAUGUUGCUUGUUGAAAUGUAUGAUCACAACAGCAUACAUAGGAAAUCAUUCUUGCACAUCCAAAUCAGAAUGUCCCAGCUGUGAAUCGAGCAUAAUGUGGCACCAAUUGGCCUUGCAACUGAUCAAAUUUCUAUUACCAGUACAUCCAGCUCAUCCACCAGACCCACUCCUGGAUGACAACAGCGAUGACACCUACAGCAGGAAAAGUCCACCAGAAACGGAAAAGAAAGACACGAAGGACGUUAUCCUAAACAUGCCCAUUCCGGAAGUCCAUUCAGUA